GACAGAUGGACGAGGAGAGGGGGAGGUAGGAGAGGGAGAGACAGAUGGAGGAGGAGAGGAAGCAGCAUCAGCAGAGCUGCUUUCAGACGCGGCGACCCCAGACAUCGCCAGCCAAGUGCGGAGCAGCCCAGGGGAGGAUGAGUCGCCCCCAGAGUCGCCCCCAGGGAGAGGUGAGAUGCUGCAGACCCUUGAGAGACUCAAAACCCCAGGGAGCCCAUCCUCUUCAGACAGCACAGCCUACAAAUCCCCCACUGACACAGAGAGAGACACCCCGGAGGACACCCCCAGCUCAGGGACACCCCCGUCAGUCCAACGAGCGCUGCUCACCAAGCGUGUCUCCCAGGACCCUGACCCUGUCUGGGUUCUCAACCUGCUGAAGAAGCUGGAGAAACAGUUCAUGACCCACUACGUAGACGCCAUGGCUGAGUUAAAGGUGCGUUGGGACCUAGACAACAAUGUGAUGUUGGACACUAUGAUCACUGAGCUGAGAGACGAGGUGAAGAAGAGGAUCCAGAUGAGCAUUGAUCGUGAACUGAGGAAGAUUCGGGGACGGGCGGGCCGGGGGCCGCGACCCCCUAACAUGUCCCGGGAGUCAACCAUAACAGACCAGAGGAGGCGGAGGUUGAAGGUCAUGAAGGUACAGUCGGUAAACGAGAGUGAUGGAGAGCAGGGUUCAGGUGAUGUUAGCGACCAGCGCAGCGAGGACGAGUACUGUCCCUGCGACGCCUGCAUACGGAAAAAGGCGGAGGACAAGGCAAUCAAAAUGGAGGCUGUGGUUGCCAAGGCGCCGGUGAUGAUGGCGUUUGAUCUGCGUAAGAUCCUGCAGAUGAAGAAAGACCCAGAGCCUCCGACGCCCCCUAGCCCCACACAGGGGAAGAACAAUGACAACCUCGAAGAGGAGGAGAAGAAGGAGGAGGAGGAGGAGGAGGAGCAGGUUGGGAAUCUAGAGGUGGUACACGAAGACGAGGAAGAGGAGGAGACAAAGGAAGAUAUUAUACCAACUGUUAUAGAGGAAGAUAUCUCUGAGAAGGAAGAGGAAGGAGUGACUGGGAGAGAGGGAGAGGAGGAGGGACAGGAGAGUCACGGAGCUGAGUCUCUGAUGGGGGAAGUAGAGGAGGAAAUAGCUGAGGAAAUAGGGGCUGAAGAACAGGAGGAGGAUGGAGUGGUGGAGGGAACUGAGGAGGAGGCAGGGGAAGGAGAGACGGGGUGUGAAAGUGCAGGAGAAGAUGGUGUGGAGGGGGCGGAGACUAGAGAGGGGGAGGAGUUAGUAGAAGGGGAGGAGGAAGAAGCAGGGGAAGCUGAAGCAGGCGAUCAGGGAGGAGAUGAAGCAGGAGAUCAGGAGGAAGCUGGAGGAAAUGAAAAUCCUGGUCUUGAAACAGCAGAGUGGGAGGAUGUGGGGGAAGAGACAGUAGAGGGGGAGGAGACGGGUGAGGGUGAGGAGGAGGGAGACGAGGACGGCGAGGAUAAGGAAGGAGUAGACACUGGAGAGGGAGCAGCUGAGAAGGGGGGUGGUGAAAUGACUGACAGAGAGGAGACAGUGGAGAAGGAGACAGAGGAGGAUGGAACAGAGGAGGAGCAGGAGGAGGGUGGAGAGGAGACAGAGCAGAACAAUGUGGUGUCUGAAUUGAAGGUGGAAGAAGAGAAGGGAGAGUUAGAUAAUGAAAACACUGCAGGAGAAACAACAGAGAAAGAGAGUGGAAAGGAGGAGGGAGAAACAGGAGGAGAGGAAGAGACCGGAGUAGAGGGAGAGACAGAGGGAGGAGAGGAGGAGACUCCUGAUCAAGAAACAGCGGGUAAUGUGGGGGUGUCAGCAGAGGAUGAGGAAGAGGGAGGAGAGGGGGAGGUGCAGGAGAAUGCUGUGGCGGAGUUUAAUCCUGAAGAAGAGGAGGGUGAGGAGACGGAGGGAAAUAGAGAAAUCCCUCUGAUCCACCAGAUGACCAGAACCUCUGUGGAGUCCCAGCCAGGAUCAAUGGAGAACACAGACCCGGAGCCCAGGGCAUCAGACCCAGUUUCACAAAUGUGCUCCUUAACCCUGAUAGAGACCAUUGAAACGGUCUCUGAUGGACACAAGAUGGCAUCUGCGGGGGAAGGGUCAGGGGGGAAAGGCCAGAGGAGGAGCCGAUCUCCAGCCAGAAUCAAACGCAGGAAACCUAAAGAGAGCGGCAUAGAACUGGACGUCCUAGAUCUGUAACCCUCACAGGACAUAGAACUGGACGUCCUAGAUCUGUAACCCUCACAGGACAUAGAACUGGACGUCCUAGAUCUGUAACCCUCACAGGACAUAGAACUGGACAUCUUAGAUCUGUAACCCUCACAAGACAUAGAACUGGACGUCCUAGAUCUGUAACCCUCACAGGAAAUAGAACUGGAAGUCUUAGACCUGUAACCCUCACAAGACAUAGAACUGGACGUCCUAGAUCUGUAAGCCUCACAGGACAUAGAACUGGACGUCCUAGAUCUGUAACCCUCACAGAACUGACUGAGUCACAGAAAGCACUUUAUGAUCUCCUCUCUGGGUUAGGAAUAUCUAUACGGGAGGUAUUGCACAGGUUUCUGCCAGGUCAGAGUAGCAUUUACUCGUUAUUUUAAUCGAAGGGUUUAACUGAAACUUGAAACAAUCAUAGUAUUAUACAAACCAUAAGAUAUCAUGUAAAAUGUAUAUUUGUAUAGUUCAAGAAACAACUUAUAUAUAUGUAUGAUUUUAUUUUCAAGGAGGGGUGUAUAUUCUCUACUGUAUAGAGGGGUGUAUAUUAUUCUCUACUGUAUGGAGGGGUGUAUAUUCUCUACUGUAUAGAGGGGUGUAUAUUCUCUACUGUAUAGAGGGGUGUAUAUUCUCUACUGUAUAGAGGGGUGUAUAUUCAUUACUGUAUAGAGGGGUGUAUAUUCUCUACUGUAUAGAGGGGUGUAUAUUCUCUACUGUAUAGAGGGGUGUAUAUUCUCUACUAUAUGGAGGCAUGUAUAUUCUCUACUGUAUAGAGGGGUGUAUAUUCUCUACUGUAUAGAGGGGUGUAUAUUAUCUACUGUAUAGAGGGGUGUAUAUUAUCUACUGUAUAGAGGGGUGUAUAUUCUCUACUAUAUGGAGGGGUGUAUAUUCUCUACUGUAUAGAGGGGUGUAUAUUCGCUACUGUAUAGAAGGGUGUAUGUUCUCUAGUAUAUGGAGGGGUGUAUAUUCUCUACUGUAUAGAGGGGUGUAUAUUAUCUACUGUAUAGAGGGGUGUAUCUUCUCUACUGUAUAGAGGGGUGUAUAUUCUCUACUGUAUAGAGGGGUGUAUAUUAUCUACUGUAUGGAGGGGUGUAUAUUCUCUUCUAUAUGGAGGGGUGUAUAUUCUCUACUGUAUGGAGGGGUGUAUAUUAUCUACUGUAUGGAGGGGUGUAUAUUAUCUACUGUACGGAGGGGUGUAUAUUCUCUACUGUAUAGAGGGGUGUAUAUUCUCUACUAUAUGGAGGGGUGUAUAUUAUCUACUGUACGGAGGGGUGUAUAUUCUCUACUGUAUAGAGGGGUGUAUAUUCUCUACUGUAUGGAGGGGUGUAUAUUCUCUACUGUAUAGAGGGGUGUAUAUUCUCUACUGUAUGGAGGGGUGUAUAUUCUCUACUGUAUAGAGGGGUGUAUAUUCUCUACUGUAUGGAGGGGUGUAUAUUCUCUACUGUAUGGAGGGGUGUAUAUUCUCUACUGUAUGGAGGGGUGUAUAUUCUCUACUGUAUGGAGGGGUGUAUAUUCUCUACUGUAUAGAGGGGUGUAUAUUCUCUACUGUAUAGAGGGGUGUAUAUUCUCUACUGUAUAGAGGGGUGUACAGUCUGGGUUGUUGUGUCAUAAGAUGUGACAAGAGGUUCCCAGGUAUUUAACCAUGUGGGACGGUAUAAUAACAGAAUCUACUCAGGACUUUAACUAAUGCUUUACUGACACCAUGGUGACAGAAGAGAGAGAAGAGAGAGAUAAUAUGUUUUCAAGAUACAGUACAUAACUUUUAAAAUACAGUAAUACAUCAUAUCGGCUGUAUUUUGAAGGAUAUACAUCUUGAAAACAUUUUCAGACUUUAUCAACAAUGGACUAAUGAAACAAAUAUAUAAUAUACCAAAAUAUAUAUUUUUUCACAUUUAAUAUCAUUAUCAGUAGUACAGAAGUUAUUGUAGUCGGAGUACCUGACAGGGAGUUUGUUUUAUAAGGCGUCUAGAUGUAUUGUUUAUCUUGAAUAUAUUGAAUAUAUUCAUGUUUUGUAUGGCUAUAUUGGACAUAAGUGUGGAUAUAUUGGACAUAUGUAUGGAUAUAUUGGAAAUACAGUUUGUAUGGAUAUAUUGAAACAGGAUGGACAUGUUGUUUAGAACGAAGCAUCUGUAUAUGCAGUUGUAGAAAAAUAUAUUGGCACCCUUGCACUUUUUUAAAUAAUUUCAUAUUUCUUCUAGAAUAAGUUGAAACAUUCCAGCAACUCUUCUUGAACCAUUCCUGGUUGUUUGGGGUCGUUGUCCUGCUGGAAGACCCACAGCCUUCAAUGGAGACCCAGUUUGUAGACACAGCGUUGAACAUUGGACUACAAAACACCUGAUAAUGUGAUGAUUCCAUGAUGCCUUGCGCACGUUCAUGGCCCCCAGGACCAGAGGCAGCAAACCAAGUACUACCUCUGGGGUGUUUUAUUUUCUGUGUCAACUUAAGUUUACAAAAAUAAAAUUGGUUCAACAAUGUUGAACAUCCAAUAACAAGGAGUGGAGAUCAAACAUUUUAAUUUUUUCAAUUUUAACACAUUUCAGAAGAAAUAGGAAACUAUUUAAUAAAAGUGUAAGGGUGCUAAUAUAUUUGUCCGAAACUGAAUAAAAGCAUAUGCAUGCUGUAACAUAUUAUUAUACAGGGUUGAAACAGAGGCUCUGACUAUAAGGGGUCUAUGGUUUUAUAGUUUACAGUCAACAAUAAAGUCCUAUUGGCAGGUGCUGUGGGACAUAUCUAUGCUGCUAUUGGUCCGUUCAGCUGUCGAUCUUCUUCUGUGACAUAACCUAUGGAGCACCACGUAAAGUCUCAAACAAAAAUGUAAAUGUAUUUUAAUAUAUAAUCAUUUAUGAAAUUAAAUGUUUUUAA